AAUGACCUAAGAUAAGGGUCAGUAACAUAAACAAAGCUGCUCGCUGUUUGACAAAGGAUUUGCAGAUCCCCUACAAUCAGCUGCUCUUACGUUUCAUUCAUCUUGCCAUGCAGUCUGUCGAUAUUAUGAGAAUCUGCUGAACUACUUAAGAUUUCUUCAAAAAUGGAUGGAUUCAAAAAACUUCAUGAAGACCUUGAGAAGGUGAUUGAGAAGGAUGACAGCAACAGUUCAACUACCACCUCAGAGAUGGAAGACCCUAAACAUAGCAAACAGACCUUCCGUCAAAAACUGCGUCACAUUUUACACACAAACAAGUUUCAGAUUGGUGUCAUAUGCCUUGUUAUUCUGGACUGUCUUUUGGUCAUAGCAGAAUUAUUAAUUGACUUAGAGGUAUUUGAAAUUGGCGAAGCUAAAGACGAACUUGGUCCUGCCAAAGUGCUUCAUUAUAUGAGCAUCACAAUCCUGAGCAUCUUCCUGAUUGAGAUUUUUACCAAAAUAUUUGCCAUGGGCCUGGACUAUUUUAAGAACAAGCUGGAAGUGUUUGAUGGCAUAGUGGUGGUUGUAUCUUUUGUGCUGGAUGUUGUGUUUGCCAACCAGGAAGGUGCCUAUGGUGGUAUUGGGUUGCUGAUUGUGCUGAGGCUGUGGAGAGUUACGAGGAUACUCAAUGGUAUAAUAAUGUCAGUGAAAAAGCAGUCUGAAAAAAGAUGCCUUCGUGAAAGGAUGUUAAAGGAAGCAGCAGAACAAGAACUGGCCAAAUUCAGGGAGUAUUGUGCAGCCCAGGAAAAAGAAAUUGAGGAACUCCAAGCAUUGCUAAAAAAGCAUGGGAUUGAUUUUCCAAAGAUUGAAAAGCCAGUAGAGGUCAGCACCAUCAGUGUUACAGCAGAAGUAAAUGAAGUUGAUGGCUACACCAAAAGACCCGAUGAUAGCAAUGCUUAAGAUUUAUGUGGAAUUCUCUGGUUGGAAUGGAUUUGAAAUGAUAUCAGGUUAUUCUGACAAAGUAUGCAAUCUGUAGAACUUAGGAAUUUGCCCUUUUCCAGACCUUUGUGCCCAUGCUGAUCUUAAUUUUAUAGAAUUUUUUCUUUGUUAUGCUACUCAGCAAUCAAGUUAACUUUUUUAAGCAAUUUGAGCACGAGUGGUUAAAAUGGUCAUUAAAAGCACAUUUUGAAAUGGAAAAUUCUUUGGUAAUUAAAUUAAAUAGAAAAAAUAGAUAAUUAAGUUGACAAAAAAAAACAAAAAAAAAAUAGGCAAAGGAGACAUCAGGAUUUCUUCACGGUAUUUUCUCUUUAUCUGUAGAAGAACAAAAAGAAGCACAUGAUGGAGACUUUUUAUUCCCUAUUUAUAUGGGGUUCUCCUGCCAGUUAAAUAUAAACAGAGACAUACAAACAAUUUCUCCAUUCUUUAUCUUAAAAACAUAAUGAUCUUUAAUAUCACCUGUUGAUCUAGUUUUGGUAUCACAAGUUAAUCUAUUUAAACCAUUAUAAAAACUAAUAGUUUUUAUGUAAAAAAAAGACUUGGAGUAGACUUCCUCUAUUAGAGAACUUUUCUGUUUGUUAACAUGGAAUGUUACCAGUCUGAGAGCAAGGACAUUUUGAAGGGAGCAGACCUUGUGAAUAGGUAUUAUACAAGUCUGUAAUUUUGAUAUAACAUGUGUAAGACAUAGACCCUCAGAUGUCAUUUCUACAUAUCAAGUGAAUUAUUCUGGGUCCACUGUAUUAGACUAGUUGUUAAGUUGCCAAUGAAAUGAAGUAUGAUAAAUGUUAAUGGACUUAUCCUUUGAAUAUUCCCAAAGGCUAUUUUGAUAUUUUGACUAUGGCAUUUUGCAGUGGGUGUCUUAUUUAAUAUACAAUUGUUCCUUUAUUCAUAUAAUGGUAACAAAUAAUUUGUACAUUGUCAAGUUUAAUUGCUUUUGUUGAAGAACAUUAGAAUUUGAGCAAGUUUUUUUUAAUUCUGAUUGCUUGUAAUUGAAGUAAGGUUGUCAAUUACCUCCUGUAGAAAAUACUCUAUAAUUGCAGUCUACCAUCUCAUUUAAUACUAGUUUGAAAAAACUAAUGAGAAUGAGAUAGUAGCUUGUACAGAUUUGAUUUUUUUUUCAAAUCUCAUGUAUGUGCAAUCUAUUCAAUGUUUUCUCCUUUAGAAACAUUGCCCAAGAUUUUGAUCUUGAUUUUACGGACCUCAGCAAAUAAAUCUUAGAUUCUCUUCAUAUUUUGCAUUGAUUGAAAGUACCCCGUAGAUUACAGUGUACUUUAUAUGUUUUUGCAAGAAUUACUGUAGUCAAAGUUAUUAAUUUCUUAUAAUUUCUUCAUAAUAUGUUAUGUUCUUCUCCUUUUUUUGUGCUAAUUUUUUUCAAUAACAUCGCUAAAAAAAUUUUUAAUUUUUCAUGGCAAGAUUGUUAUCAGUCUUUUAACUGUAAAAAUAAUUAUUUCAUUUCAACAUAGAGGCUGAAAGAAUUGUAUCCUGUGCAGAAUUGUUUAUAUUGUAUGAGACUAAAAAAUUCAGAACUUCCAUUUACACAAGGAUUUACUUGAGGUGCUUACUUUGUUACUUUUUUAAUUUACACUGUCCUGGAAAGGGGCCACAUGAGAUUUUGGCAUUCUUAAUAAAAUGUUAUUAAAGAACAUCACUUUAUCAAGUUCAAAACUGAGAAAUAUAAGCACACACACAUUUAAGACACAGAUGUUUUUCUCCACUUGAUGUGAAUAGAUCCAUGGAUUAACCUUCUUUUCACUUUGUGCCAAUUUUUUAAACAAGGGUAUCAAUGUCAUUUUUUUAAAGGCUGUAACAUGCUAUCCACUAAGUAGGUGAUGUAAAAAAAUCUGCAACAUAUCCCCAUCUAUACAGACUUAUACUUUAUUAGAAAGUAACUUACCUUUACAGUAACUUCUUCCACCUGUAUCUGUAUUAUAACUUCUAUCUACUGUUUUAUCAUUUAAUUUAAAUAAAAUUAAUCAUUUUAUGUCAGAUAGUAAAGAAUGAAAGCCAGAGAUAAAAAUAUAAUAUUUUCAUUGUCAUACAUUGUUGCAGUAUGUAGCCAUUACAGGUCCUGUGCACACUUAUUUCAUUUGACUAAAAAAUGGCAGCUCUCCAAAUUCUUUAGUACAUAAUUAUAAUUUGCAUUCAGGUAUUGCAUGAAAUCAAACUGAAAUAUAGCUUCAAGAAUUGUGAAGAUCAAUAAUUUACCAAAGUACCAAGUGCAUUAUAAAUAAUGUUCUAUGUAAUAUGUUAUAUGUAGUGAUUCUACAUUUAUUUAUUUUCUUUUGUCACAUGUUUAGUUUCAAAUUAUUGUACAUUGCAUGUUAAAAGGACAGACAACCAUAGUGUGUUAAAUGCAAACUUAGUUAAGUUUUUAAAAUGCAGAGGAACUAACCAUGUUGAAAUACUGUGCAAUAUUAGCUGUAGCUUGACCAUAAUAAAAAUCAAUUUUUAUGAAAUGUUCAGGGUGUCUAAUUCAAUGUACAUAGCAUAUUCGGUCAGCAUAAGGAUUCAUGAAAUUGUAUAAAUAGUUGCUUUGUCAACUUCCAGAAUGAUAUUACUCAUCUUUUUUGAAGUAUGAUAUUUACUGUAAGCAUUAGCCUGCAUAGAUCUUAGAAUUUAGAAUGAUUUGCCCAAACUGUGUAUGAAAAUACUCUCGCAUAAUAGAUAUCCAAUGUAUGAAUGUAUGACCACUUUUGAAACUAAUAAUCCUGCAUUACAUUCAUAUUUGUGGAGUAUUAACACAAAGAGUAGCACAUUGAGCAAUUUUGUUCCACAAUAAAAAAAUGAAAAAUAAAGUACAUGCCUACUU